CCCCCUGCUCACGUAGCUUGUGCCCCAGCUCAGGACACUGGGUUCUCUAGGAGCUGUCCCAGGCUUAAUGAUUGUCCAGAAGGUGGCUAUAAAGAGAGCCUGGGAGGAGGAGUAAAGAGAAAAAAGCCUAUCUCAGCAGAUCUGCACACUGAAAGAGCAGCAGGCAGGAGCUGUGGUCAGACUCCGGGUCCUGGCCAGUAGGGCUUGCUGGCUUCUACCAUGGCGGCCCAAGGCUAUGGUUAUUAUCGCACUGUGAUCUUCUCGGCAAUGUUUGGAGGGUACAGCCUGUAUUACUUCAACCGCAAGACCUUCUCCUUUGUCAUGCCAUCAUUGGUAGAGGAGAUCCCUAUGGACAAGGAUGACUGGGGGCUUAUCACCAGCAGCCAGUCGGCAGCCUAUGCCAUUAGCAAGUUUGUGAGUGGGGUACUGUCUGACCAAAUGAGUGCUCGCUGGCUCUUCUCUUCUGGGCUGCUCCUGGUUGGCCUGGUCAACGUAGUCUUUUCCUGGAGUUCUACAGUGCCUGUCUUCGCUGCUCUCUGGUUCCUCAAUGGCCUGGCACAGGGGCUGGGCUGGCCCCCAUGUGGGAAGGUCCUGAGAAAGUGGUUUGAGCCAUCUCAGUUUGGCACUUGGUGGGCCAUCCUGUCAACCAGCAUGAACCUGGCUGGAGGGCUGGGCCCUAUCCUGGCAACCCUUCUCGCUCAGAGCUAUAGCUGGCGCAGCACCCUGGCCCUGUCUGGGGCCCUGUGUGUGGCUGUCUCCUUCCUCUGUCUCCUGCUCAUCCGCAAUGAACCUGCUGAUGUUGGACUCUGCAACCUGGACCCCCCCCCUUCCAAGGGCAAGAAGGGCUCCUUGAAGGAGGACAGCACCUACAGGAGCUGCUGCUUCCCUUACCUGUGGGUGCUCUCCACUGGCUACCUUGUGGUGUUUGGAGUAAAGACUUGCUGUACUGACUGUGGGCCAGUUUUUCCUUAUCCAGGAGAAGGACAGUCAGCCCUCGUGGGUAGCUCCUACAUGAGUGCCCUGGAGGUUGGAGGCCUUGUAGGCAGUAUUGCAGCCUGGGUACCUAUCAGACCGGCCAUGGCAAAGGCAGGGCUAUCUACUUACGGGAACCCUCGCCAUGGCCUGUUGCUGCUCAUGAUGGCUGGCAUGACAGUGUCCAUGUACCUCUUCCGGGUAACUGUGACCAGUGACUCCCCCAAGGAUAUUGCUUUCUGGACUCUGGCUCUUCACCCUCUUGCUGAGCUCACAGGCUUUAAGGAACAUGAGCUCUGGAUCCUGGUGCUGGGAGCGCUGUUUGGUUUCUCUUCUUAUGGUCCCAUUGCCUUGUUUGGAGUUAUAGCCAACGAGUGCGCCCCUCCCAACUUGUGUGGCACCUCCCAUGCCAUAGUGGGACUGAUGGCUAAUGUGGGUGGCUUUCUGGCUGGGUUGCCCUUCAGCUCCAUUGCCAAGCACUACAGCUGGAGCACAGCCUUCUGGGUGGCUGAAGUGAUCUGUGCAGCCAGCACAGCUGCCUUCUUCGUCCUACGAAACAUCUGCACCAAGAUGGGCCGAGUGCCCAAGAAGGCUGAAUGAAGAGUGCAGGCUCCAGAGUAUCCCCUCCCACCUGGUGGCCUUUUACCUGCAUGGGGCUAGGAGAAAAGAGGGGUCUGCUGUGGCUAGCACUGAACCUUUGGCUUCCCUUUUAUGCUCCUUCUCCCUAGCCCAGAUGGCACUGGAAAUUAUCAGUCACUAAUAAGGUCCCAGCUCCCCAUUCUAUGCUCUAUUUAAAAGACAACCUUUGUUCUUGGACUCUUGUUUUCUGCUUUCAAAUAGGAAACUACUGCAGUCAGGGAGUCUCCUAUACCAUUUUUCUGAGUCCUUCCCUGUCCUCAUCUCACCCCAUCCCUACCAGAGGUGAGGCUCCUCCUGCAGCUGCAGGGCACCCAUCGCCCCUGCCUUCUCCCCUAUGGCCUCUCAGUAGGGGUAGCUACUACUGCCAAUACCUCAGGCUCUAGGGGAAGAGAGGCCAUCACUCUUACCAUUAUCCUGGGUACAACAGGGAGAUAUGGGUAGGAGGGUAGAAAGACUUGUUAUAGAAAUUAAAACUAGAUUUGAUACUAAA